ACAAGCAGGAUAUUACUGCUGUUGGUGCUGAUCUGAGAUCUUGCCUGAGGAGCGAUGGCGCGCACGAAGCAGACGGCGCGUAAGUCGACGGGCGGGAAGGCGCCCCGCAAGCAGCUGGCCACCAAGGCUGCCCGCAAGAGCGCGCCGGCCACGGGCGGCGUCAAGAAGCCGCACCGCUACCGGCCCGGCACGGUGGCGCUGCGCGAGAUCCGGCGCUACCAGAAGUCCACGGAGCUGCUGAUCCGCAAGCUGCCCUUCCAGCGCCUGGUGCGCGAGAUCGCGCAGGACUUCAAGACGGACCUGCGCUUCCAGAGCUCGGCCGUCAUGGCGCUGCAGGAGGCCAGCGAGGCUUACCUGGUGGGGCUCUUCGAGGACACCAACCUGUGCGCCAUCCACGCCAAGCGCGUCACCAUCAUGCCCAAGGACAUCCAGCUGGCCCGCCGCAUCCGCGGAGAGCGCGCAUAAGCUUUUCUCAGAACGCUACCAUCUGUUUUAAACGAACACAAAGGCUCUUUUAAGAGCCACUACGUGUACAAUAAAAAGAGCUGUUACA